AUGGCCGCAAGAGGCCCAAACGAUGGCCAGGUCCGCCCCAUGGCAGGCGACCUUUUGCUCGUAAUACACGACUUCCAAGCCCGGAGUUCCGACGAAUUGAGCCUGGCAAAGGGCGACCGAGUCGAACUAAUCGAACGGGACGACGAGUUCGGCGACGGAUGGUUUCUGGGUCGCCACCUCGUCAACAGCAACACUGGUCUCUUCCCCGAAGUCUACACUCGGCCGGCCCCCAAGAAUAUUCCUACCAGCUCGUUUGCUUCAAAACCCAACAGUCCCCAGCCAGCACAAGAGCCUAGAGUGAUAGGCACGGCCGAUGCGACCCUGAAGGAUGAUCAUGCUCCCACGCCACAGCCCGCGGCACUGUCGCAACCAAUCGACCAUCCAGUUACCCUGCCGCUCAACUCGGUCAAGCCUGAUAGCGUUCUCGCUCCGACAGAACCCCCCUCGAUGUCUCUCCUUGCUCAACUCGCAAACCCAUCGCAGGACAGCCCCGUGCUGCACGAGACCUUGACCGUUAUCAACGAGCAUAUUACAGACCUCCGGUCGCCCUCGAGCAAUGGCGGACUCCGGACCAACGGGAACGAUUCUGGAAGCGAAUACAGCAGCAACCACCUCGACCAUCGAACGUCCUAUAUUCAUGGAGAGGAAACCGACGAAGAGGAAGACGGACUUCACACCACCCGUGCGGAAGUCGAAGCGUGGUCUGCUGACGCUGUUGCUGAGUAUCUCUUUACCUCGGGCGUGGAGAAGCAUCACUGCGAGGUCUUCAGAGACCAAGAAAUCUCGGGAGAGGUACUCUUGGGCAUGGACCAAAGCUCACUGUUCAUCAAGGCGUUUGAUCUAGGCUCGGUCGGUCGGCGACUCAAGACGUGGCACAAGAUCAAGGCCCUCCAAGACGAAGUCAGUGGCUCGGGACUUGAAACGCGACGGUCAACGCAAACAUACGGAAGCGAGGCUGGAGGUGAGGAAGGCCGACGGACUAGAAGUCGCACAAACACUUUGACAAACCGACCUACUUCUAUUCAGACAAGACGGCUUUCCCUGUCACACACCCCUAAAGCUUCUCCGACGACACUCACGCCGUUAGCUCAAGACGGUUCGUCCCGCGCAAGCCAUGUUAAGAGACCGUCCGCUGCGUCUAUUAGGGAAUUGCACCAGUCGCGUCGCCAUUCAUCCACCGAGUUCCACCUCCCUGGGACGGCGGUCACGACUGGAGCUUCCCCUAUUCCCAAAAUCGCCCACCUCGGUACGUUCCCCACAGAUGGGUCGCAUAAGAAGCAACCAUCAUUUGACCGGAAUUGGACUUUAGGAGGCGCCACACCAAGGCCCUUGUCCUCGACUGGCCUCCAAGAUCUCUUGAGCCCGCCGAGUGGCGCAGAUCUACAAGAUUCAGCCGUCGAGUUAGACCGGGGAUAUUUCUCUGGGACAGAGGUGGAUGGGAGAAAGCGGAACCUACUGCGAAAGCGUGACAGCGGCGCUGAAUCUAGGAAGUCAAGCUAUGCGGAGGAGCAGAGGGUUCGAAGCGCCACGGCCAUCACGAGGCAGUCGAGAUUUGGAAGCAUGGGCUCAUUGACCGAAGGUGGCCUGUCUUCCGCCGCCCAUAAAUAUUAUGGCCUCCAGACAGGGGCUCAUAGGAGAACCGCAUCGAGCACCACCACCGAGUCCAUCAGGAACAUGCCUUCAGCUGGCGAGGCACCGUCACCCACCGUGACGAAACUUGACACCUCGGUUGGAACGAGUCGCUCAUCGACGUCAGGAUCGACAUCGAAAAUUCCAGGAUUCAAUUCUGACUGGCUCUCCGCUGUGGUCAACAAGCCCAUGUCUCUAGCUGGAAGCAUGGGCAAGCGUGCCAUCUCAGAUAACCAGGGCAGUGACCGCUCCAAGUCCGGGACGCCAAUUGAGUCUCCCAGCAAGGAAAUGAUGGUUGAGUCGCCGGCGCGUACUGGAUCGACCACACCCUCCGGAGGUCCCAGCUUUGACCUCGAGUCUACUGACACAGCAAAGAGCCCCAGCGCUUCAACCACCCAAGUCAGCAAGAAUAACCGCAAGAAGAAUAAAAAGGAGACCAGCGCAUAUACUCGCGGUCUCUUAAAGAUACCACCCAAGGAGGCGAUCAAGGAUGCGGACUAUAGUGGUUGGAUGAGGAAGAAGAGCUCCAACCUCAUGACGACAUGGAAACCGCGGCUGUUCGUCCUCAAGGGCCGACGGUUGGCUUAUUAUUAUUCCGAGGAUGAUGACCACGAGAAAGGCUUGAUUGACAUCUCCUUCCACAGGGUUCUCCCUGCCGAUAACGAGAAGUUGACAGGCCUCCAUGCCACCAUCACCGGCGUUGUGGGUGGUCAGGCGAUGCCGACUAAUCAGAAUGAUUCCGAGGAAUUGGCCAAAGGAGAUGAUGCCAUCUUUAUUUUCAAGCUCGUACCACCACGAGCUGGCCUGUCGAGAGCUGUCAACUUUACCAAACCAACCGUCCACUAUUUUGCGGUGCCCAACUUGAAACAAGGCCGGCUGUGGAUGGCAGCACUGAUGAAGGCCACGAUUGACCGAGACGACACCAAGCCCAUCACUACCACCUAUCAACAGAAGACCAUCUCACUUGCCAAAGCAAAGCAAAUGCGCCAUCGCCCUCCUGCCCUGAUGAAUCUCGAGGAAGGCGCUGAGAAUGGAUCUGGCGUGGAGAAGAAGGAUUCGAAUGGUCUCGGCAUCUCAUACGACGAGGCGGACAGCGGUGUUUCUGGUGUGGAUAAACUAAAGGCCGAGGACACCAAGGCCAGCAGCGAGUCCGGAGAGAAGGAUAGUACUCUCACCGCAUAG